AGCGCAGAAGCUUGCGUAAUGUUUACAAAUGUGUCGGAGCGGUGGGUUAUCGGAAUACUUCUACGUGCAUUGUAGGUUACAACUAGUAUUUAUGAAGUCGUACAGAAGUGGCACGAAGCGCAAGAGCAUAGAACCAACGCAUUGAAGCAUUUAUUCCCGCAGUCCAGUUCACAUCAACCACAGGUAUCGGCGACUUAAAAUUCGUAACAGUAUAUAGCGCUAGAACGAAAGAAGUGCGAUGGGCAUCCGGGGCCUUCAGUCGUUCAUUGAUGGAAAACAAUGGUACGAAGAAGUAAACAUCAGAGACGUCGCAGAUGAAUGGAGGCGCACAAAGACUGUGGAGCCAGUCAUUGCCGUUGAUGGCGCUGCUUGCGCCAGGCACAUAUACGGUACGGCAGAUAAGUUUUGCGGCGGUCAGUACAAGCAAUUCCGGGAGUCGUGCAGAACCUUUGUGCAGAGGUUUCGUGACAGUGGGAUCCGGUUGGUUUUCUUCUUCGAUGGCAUACCAGUAGAAGAAAAGAUGAAUGCCUGGGCAAACCGAAGAAAGGAUAGAUUGUGGCAGAUAUCGGAACUCUUUGCCGAUUUUCGUGCAGGACUUUCUAUGAAAGAGAGGAAAUUCUAUUUGAGGCCAGAGGCCGUGGUGCCCACUGCAAGAGUCAUUUUUGGUACCGAACUGGACUGCAAUGUGCGUGUCGCAACCGGCGAUUGCGACAAUGAGCUGGCCGAGUACGCCGCUAGGGAAGACCAUUGUCUCGGCAUUAUAUCCAGUGACACUGAUCUGCUGGUGCACGAGGGAGUUCCGUGCCUUAUCUUCUUCAAACAUCUGAAGAUGACCAGCAGCUUAAAUGCGCGACGCUACAAUCCUGCCGACAUAGCCUCGAAACUGGGACUCCGGCGCGAACACCUGCCAGUCUUUGCGUCAUUCGUCGGCAACGACAUCAUCAGUAGGUCGCAGCUGGCAUCACUACACGACAACCUUCUUUCACGCUACGGCAGGGGCUCCAGGGUCGAGAACGUCGCCAAGUUCGUCAAGGAUGGGCCGCCGGAGGAUGUUACAGCUCUGUGUGCCUACGCCUUCGACGACCAACCGAAUCACUUGGAGGACGAAGUGAGAGCGAGUAUCGACAGCUACAGGCGCGGGAACGCGGUUGCAGAGGAGCCGACUGGCGAUGGCCCGUGGGGUGAACUGCUGCGGUUGGCCGAGGAGAGACAUGUGACGUGCAAAAUGCCUGCCGCGGUGUACGCCGUAAUGAAGCGCAGGCGUUUCCGCAUCGGUGAGGUUCUAGAAGACCUAGCCGAGCAGCGCCCUACCGGAUUGGUGCUUCGACCGAUGAGGGCCAGACUGUACGCUGUUCUGCUUCGAGAGCGAGGCCCGGACUCCGCCGAAGUGAAAGAGCUGAUGCCUAUGGGCAUCGGCAACAUACGCGAGGAGUCGGUGGCAGUGGCUCGGCUACCCACAAGCGUCCCUCACCCCGGACUUCGUGCCUUGUGGCAACAGGAGGUAACGUACUCGAGGACUGUCACUCACCUGAGUAGUAAUGGAAUACUUAGUCGACUAGAGUUUGGAAUUUAAAGCGGCUGUGCUAGUGUAGA